AUGGCAGAACUCACAAAGGUCGACUCCGCCGUCCAAGGCCUGUCAUCAUCCCCGCCGAAGCUCUCCUCUUCCCCACCAAAGGAAAAGGGCCACCGGAGACUGAGCUCCCAUGGCAACCCUGAUGUCCGGAACAUCAAUGAUCUAGAGGCCGAAGGCAUUGAGAUCAAGCUAGCUCCGGAGACACAGAAGACGGGAUGGAAAAUAAACUCAUCAACGGCCACCGUUGAGGACAAGGAGAUCCUCAAGAAGUACCUGACGACCCCACCAGUAAAGAAGAUUGACCUACACUUCCCAUUGGGACUGGAGGUUACUGCACGGAACAUGCGGGGUGUGACCAUCAAGGAUGCAUUGGACGCGAUUCACAAAGCAUUCAAGAAGAGGGCCGACGAUGAGCUGGACAACCCAUACCUAAAGGGCUUCGAGUGGGAUAAGGAGGAGAGCUGGACUCGGCUGGUUGUUCACCUGCAAAAGCAAAGCACCAUCACCAGCGGCCCGUCAAAGAAGAAGAAGAAGAACCACGGCGACGACGAGUAA